UACUCGAUCAAUCGAUACAUGGAGUGCUACGUCUCUUGGGUUAUCUGCCUUGCAGUAGCCAGUUGCGUAUAUAUUUUUUCAAGUUAUGUCAAUGCUAUAGGCACCCGCUUUCUAUCCGUAUCGCUCAAUUACUACCUUUCGUGGAGGCACCCUAUUCAUCAUGUCGACGGCAAGAACGUCAUCCCCAGCUGUCGUUAUCAAUGGCCGGACGGCCAAGGAGAUGAAGCGAAAUUCCUUCAAGGCACUUCGAGAAGCCAAGAAUGGAGAGAGAAAUAUGGCCCAGUAUUCCGACUGUGGUCUGGAAUGAACCCCGAAAUAGUAGUCUCCAGCCCUGAAGCUGUGCGUGACGUGUUCAAAGAUUCUCACCGACACAUGAAAGCCAUAUCAAAUGAUUCUGGGUAUCUGUUCGGAGAGAUUCUGGGAAGCUGCGUCGGUCUAAUCAGUGGAAAAGCAUGGGAGGCUGUCCGAGAAGCAUUCUCGGAACCGUUUACUAGACCCACGAUGUUGAGGUCAACAAGCACGGUCGUGCGUGAGGUCGAGAAACAUUUCAGUGCUAUUGAGAGAUCGGAGAAUCUUAUCAAAGGCUUGAUCAACCCUGCGCAAGACUUGAAGAUGCUGGCUUUCAUUAUAAUCGCCAGAUCCUUGUACGGCCCGUUGGACAAAGAUGCCGUCGAGCGGCUAGAAGUUCUCGCGGGUUGGAGAGAGGAUUUAUUCCUCCGCGUGAUGAAAGGAGGUAUCUCCAGGUUUCACUGGUCCAAAUAUCUUCCUCUCAAGGCCAAUGCCCUUCUCUCCAAAUUUCGAUCCGGGUGGAAAGAUUUUAACAACACAAUGAUCGCAAACCAGAAAUGCUCCAACAAAACCGCACCUGUAGCCCAAAUAUGGGAGACUGUCAAUGAUGGCACAAUCACCGAAGAGCAAUUCUACCAAACCAUCGACGAGAUACUUUUCGCAAAUCUUGAUGUGACCCUUGGUGGUCUAUCCUGGAGCAUUAUGUUUCUCGCUGGUCAUCCAGAGUACCAGGAGAAACUUCGCAAAGAGUCCGGACACGCAAAAACAAACGAUGGACUACCUUCCUAUCUUUCCGAUAACACAACGCUUCUAUCCGCUUGUAUUCUCGAAGCUUCCCGUCUGAAACCAGCAGCCGCAUUCUCAGUCCCGCAAUCAUGUCCCACGGACCGCACUAUCGGUGGGUUUGUGGUUCCCGCUGGCACGAAUAUAGUUGUCGAUUCACAUAUGUUGAAUAUUGAAAAUGAGUAUUGGGGUAAAGAUGGAGAUACCUAUAGACCAGAAAGAUUCUUAGGAAAAGGACGGGCGACAGAUUUUCGAUACAAUUUUUGGAGAUUCGGAUUUGGACCACGCCAGUGUUUGGGAAAGUACAUGGCCGAUCUUAUCAUCAAAGCGACCCUUCUUCAUUUGAUAGAGAACUAUGAUUUGGCUUUUAUGGGGACGGAUGAUGGCGUACGCAGCAAACCUGAGGUAUGGAUCAACCAUCCCGAGGUGGUAUUACAAUGUGUGAAGAGAUAGGGGAUGUCGGAAAUGGCCACUUUUGGUGUUUUGUGUCUACCAAAAUCAUCAAAAAAUACCUGU